AUGAAUUACAAAAUUUUAUUAUUAUUAUUAUUGGCAAAUCUUGUUAUUAUUUCAAUCUCUGGUCCGAUUUUUUUGAAUGAUGGUAAAAAACUUUUGAUAUACUUUUUAUUGUAAAUUCUAAAAUUUGUAUUUUAGUAGACACAACAAGUGUGCCGGCGCAGCUUUCUUCUAGCACAGCUGGAACUGUUCAAACAUCAUCAGCAUUCCCAACAACUUCUGAUCAAACUACUCCAGGAGGAACUUCAGCACAAACAACUCCAGCAGGAACUUCAGUCUCAACAACUCCAGCUGGAUCUUCUGCCCAAACAACUUCAGGUGGAACUUCAGCACAAACAACUCCAGGAGGAGCUUCUUCUCAAACCACACAAGGUGGAACUUCAGUCCAAACAACUUCAGCAGGAACUUCAGUCCAAACAACUUCAGUCGGAUCUUCUGCCCAAACAACUCCAGCAGGAACUUCAGCCGCAACAUCAGCAAAAACUACCCCAGCUGGAUCUUCUGCCCAAACAACUUCAGGAGGAACUUCUUCUCAAACCACACAAGGUGGAACUACAGUCCCAACAACUCCAGUCGGAAGUUCAGCACAAACAACUUCAGCCGCAACAUCAGCCAAAACUACCCCAGCUGGAUCUUCUGCCCAAACAACUUCAGGAGGAACUUCUUCUCAAACCACACAAGGUGGAACUACAGUCCCAACAACUCCAGUCGGAAGUUCAGCACAAACAACUUCAGCCGCAACAUCAGCCAAAACUACCCCAGCUGGAUCUUCUGCCCAAACUACUCCAGGAGGAACUUCAGUCCAAACUACUUCAGCAGGAACUUCAGUCCAAACAACUUCAGUCGGAUCUUCUGCCCAAACAACUCCAGCAGGAACUUCAGCCGCAACAUCAGCCAAAACUACCCCAGCUGGAUCUUCUGCCCAAACUACUCCAGGAGGAACUUCAGUCCAAACUACUUCAGCAGGAACUUCAGUCCAAACAACUUCAGUCGGAUCUUCUGCCCAAACAACUCCAGCAGGAACUUCAGCCGCAACAUCAGCCAAAACUACCCCAGCUGGAUCUUCUGCCCAAACUACUCCAGGAGGAACUUCAGUCCAAACUACUUCAGCAGGAACUUCAGUCCAAACAACUUCAGUCGGAUCUUCUGCCCAAACAACUCCAGCAGGAACUUCAGCCGCAACAUCAGCCAAAACUACCCCAGCUGGAUCUUCUGCCCAAACUACUCCAGGAGGAACUUCAGUCCAAACUACUUCAGCAGGAACUUCAGUCCAAACAACUUCAGUCGGAUCUUCUGCCCAAACAACUCCAGCAGGAACUUCAGCCGCAACAUCAGCCAAAACUACCCCAGCUGGAUCUUCUGCCCAAACAACUUCAGGAGGAACUUCAGCAAAAACUAACCCAGCUGGAUCUUCUGCCCAAACUACUCCAGGAGGAACUUCAGUCCAAACUACUUCAGCAGGAACUUCAGUCCAAACAACUUCAGUCGGAUCUUCUGCCCAAACAACUCCAGCAGGAACUUCAGCCGCAACAUCAGCCAAAACUACCCCAGCUGGAUCUUCUGCCCAAACUACUCCAGGAGGAACUUCAGUCCAAACUACUUCAGCAGGAACUUCAGUCCAAACAACUUCAGUCGGAUCUUCUGCCCAAACAACUCCAGCAGGAACUUCAGCCGCAACAUCAGCCAAAACUACCCCAGCUGGAUCUUCUGCCCAAACAACUUCAGCCGCAACAUCAGCCAAAACUACCCCAGCUGUAUCUUCUGCCCAAACAACUCCAGCACAAACUACCCCAGCUGGAUCAUCUGCCCAAACAACUCCAGCACAAACUACCCCAGCUGGAUCUUCUGCCCAAACAACUUCAGCUGGAUCUUCUGCCCAAACUACUCCAGGAGGAACUUCUCCCCAAACUACACCAGCCGGAACAUCGCAAACAUCUUCCACAACAGGUCAAUCCUCCACGAAUAUCCCAGUAACAACAGUUUCACCAACUAUACCGUCCACAAAAUCAAAAAGUAAGUUUUAAUCAAUCACUAACAUUCACAAAACAAACAAAAACAUGUUUCAGCCUCGACUACCACAGUAUACACAACAACCCAAUCUUCCUCAUCAAUUUCAAUAUUCCUCACAACAAUUCUCGCUUUAUAUGCCAUGAUCUAA